UAUGGCGUGCGAGGAGCUCGCGCGCGCCAUCAUCACCGAUUGCGCUGUGUGGCGAGAUCCACAGUUCCAGAGGAGCAGCAAGGUGCGGCAACUCCGGUAUGCGCUGCAGACAUGGGCGACGGAGAUGAAGCGUGUCCAAUGCUACGACAUUAAUGUGUCGCGGGCAAUCCAGUCCUGCGCCCGGCUGGAGCAGAAGCUCAACCUUUGCAACAGCAUGGAUGCUUAUCAAUGCAAUCAAGAACAAGUCUCUAGCCUUUACACUGCUGCCGAGGCGAUACUAGCUGCUGAAGAGAUGCGCAAUGCUAUGGCAGAGAGGAUCAACGUAGCUCUUGAUGCUUCCAUUCAGCAGUUUGGCUCUCGCGGAGUUGUUCCCAGAAUGUUUCCACCAGAAACGAUGCAACAUCUCUUGACUGCGAGGAAAGGUGAGAUACCGCUCAAGCCGCACGCAGAAGGGUGGCACCCUCGCUGGCCGGGAGACAUUGGUGAUCCAUUUGAGCCUUACAUGCAACUUCUCGAGCAAUUCCUUCACAGCGCAUUGACAUUUCACGCAAGGGCGAUGGAGCAGCUAACAACAGCGUUUGGAGCUGUAAGAGCAGCCAGCAAGAAUGCAAGAGAUGCUGCUUACAUCAGGACACAAGCGGCGGCGGUGGGAAUUUCGGUGAAGGAGUACCAAAGGCUAUUGGACAUGUUCACGAAGAUCGACUCUGAAAACACAGGUAAAAUCACCAAGGGCGAGCUCAUGGUGGCGAUGAAACGCGACAAAGAUAUCGCUGCCUUCAUGCAGCUGUCCAGAGCACGAAACAAGGAUGGCCGGCGAGAGUCCUUCGAGAGUGUCUUCAACCGGAUUGACAACACAGGAAUCGGUGCUAUAAGCUGGGAACAAUUCCUUUACUUCUUCUCCACAGGAAGAUCUUUGAUAGGAGAAAAUAUGUGUCCGUCUCUUUGCCCAACGAUGGCUCCAUCGAGUCCUGGAAGACAACCAUACUGCUGCUCGUGAAGCAAAACAAUCCAGUUCUAUUGAUUGCUUUCAAGGACAAGAAAUCUUCUACGUAAGAUCGUAAAGAGUAAGUCUUAAGACUCGGGAAGAACGCUCUCUUAUUCAAGCGAGCACCUAGACAAGAAAUCUAAGCUCUUAAGCUCUA